GCGGACCCUUUUCCCGUUGUCGCUGGUGGGCGUCUGGUACGUUGGGUGUAGUCGGCAUUCUCCUGGCACUUCUUCCCAAUCGGAUGCCCGUGAACUCCUGAUUUGACUGCCUGAUCAAGUCGUUACCGACACUUGAGUUCCUCUGUCCAGAUUUUCUUGACUCCCCCGACCUCUGUCCCGGCAACCUCUGUCCCAGCAACCUCAUCCCAGGUGCAGCCUUUCCCCCAGCUCUUCCCCUGGGCAGAGACAGCCCCCUUGUUUCACCGUGGGAACUUCUAACAACAAGGGAAGUGUCCUUAGUUGUGAAUAGAAUAGUCUUUAAUAAUUUUAAGCAAAUUCUCUCUCCCCCCUUUUUUUAAAUGCUAGAGCUUGAAGUACUGUAUGUUUCUAAGGUGAGUCAGGUAAAGGAAGAAGGAAGGGAGUGAGGCUUUUGUGCUGAGCAGGAAAUAGGACGUGGUUCUCCAGGAAAAGCGACACUGAGGCCCCUGUGGGGCGUGGUGCAGCUGUCUGCAGCAGGACGUGAGACUCGUUUUUCCUGGGUUCUGGAGCCUUCUUGAAUUCCGAGUUAGAGUGGAUUUUUAAGUUGGUUUAUUUAGGACUGUUGACACAGACGCACAGUUGCUGACGUGUAUGCUUCGGUGAAUCAUUCCUCGGGUGGAAGGUGUGACUUGUCUGAUGAUGAGAAUUGGAAGGUCUAAGUAUGUCCUUUUUAUCCAUUCCUGAAACCCCUCAGGGUCAGCUGAAUCCCAGUGUUUCUUAUAGUAGCGGUCAAGCGGAUGUCCAGGUUCUUUCUUCUUUUCCUCCCUUAGGGGAUGUGUCCUGUGGGAGCAGCCUCUCCUUGGCUCUGUAGUCUUUACUGAACCCCGAAGUUACCUCCCGUGUAUUCGUGUUCCAAGAGCAUUAACAUCGGUUUGGCAAUCUUUCUAACACCACUUCAGUGCAUCCAGUUUUGUCGUAAUGAUUUAGGGUUACCAAACAUUUUUCCCUCAGACCUGUGCUACACGUUGUACACAUCAGCAUGUUAACUGUCCAAGUGCAUUACCAAGCACACUACAAAAUGAUAAUGUAAUAUAUAUCAUUUGACUCUUCUUAUCUAAAGCUAUUCGAUAUUCCCAUUUUCUUACUCACAAUUACAUAAGCCAAGUGAAAACUGAAACUCGGUUUGGUGGUUUCAGAGAAGGGAAUCCUUUCCGGUGGUUUCCCACUGCGAUGUCAGAGGUCUGUGGCUUUGUUUAUGUCUGCUCAAGUCCCGAUAAGGGGAGGCACCUUUCUUCAAGGGGCCAGGAGUCGCAUUUCCUGCCUUUGGGUUGACGUGACCCCCGGUGACAGAGCCGACUGGGCCCUUUGCUGCUGGAGGCCUCUCUCCGGGCCGCUGUCAGCGGUGGCUCGGCUUCCAUCUCCAUGUAUGGCCUCGGGAGGGCGGAAGGGACACAGCUGGGCCUCUCCAUUUACGGUCCCCGGAGGAGUCGAAAAGAGUGGUUGGGGUGUUCUUGGAGGCAGCAAGUAGACAUGGUGAGAUAAAAAUAAAUGGGCAGAUGUUUGCAAUUCCAAUUCCAGUCUCUGCCGGGAGGGCAGAGGGUGCCGGGAUGGGGGGUGUGCAGCGAGCCUGCUGAGCUCCACUCCAGGCCUCUGCCUCCCUCCAUCGAAGGCUGCCCACGACACAUUCCCCAAGUUCAUUUGUUCUAGAAAGUCUUGUGUUGCGUACUUGUGACUCUCCUUUACAAAGACAAGGAAGGAGCCCCUUUCAAGAGUGUACUUUCAGAAACCCCAGUUCCUCAAGGCGUCCCUGGAGGCACCAGAAGAGAGCUGGAGAGGGAGAAUGGCGAGGGCGCUUCUGCAGGGGGAGGCCGGCUGAGCCCGGGUUCAGGGGACACCAGUCACUGCUCUGUUGUUAUCGGAGAACACUGUCAUCGCCUGUGUCCCGCUCUUAUUGUUCCCUUUGCCCAUGUAGAUUUCUGGCAUCGAGGGAAGUGUUGUAUAGUGUCUUGUCGUUUGUCAGCUGUGAUGUAAAGAUGCUGAAAUUUCACGGAGGUUCUGUAAAGGACUCUUGAGUCAGUGCGGGGAGAGCAGGUGACAUUCUGGCUUACAUCAUAGAAAGUAAUCCUGUGUCUAGGAGGAAUGUCGGGUCUGGCUAGGCGUCUGCGGGAAGCCAGAGGUGAAGUGGUCUUGUGCAGGUGUGGCAGGGAGUGUUGGCAGCCCCCAGAGGAAAAGGGCCUUCUUGUCCGGGGAAGUUCUCAGAGUGAAACCCAGGGAAGCAGAAGGGACAACGGGAGGCACAGGUGGGACAAGGAGGGACUGCAACUGAACUACUUUUGUAAGCAGGAAAUAAGUCCUUGAUUUGUCUUUUGCAGAAUCAUGUAAGAUAGUGUAAGAUGAAUUAUUAAAGCAAGGACACUGGGCCAAUAAUAAGAAACAUGGCUUAGAAGACCACGAAGACAAUCGAAGGCUGUGUGUGGACUUGCAUAAUGAUAUUCAUUGGCUGUGCACUACAAGGUAGAAAAACAAGUAAAAUAACACCCCCCACACCUGACUUUCGUCCCCCAGAAGGAAUGAUCAGCCUCGUUUGUUGGUUUGUUUAGCCGGCAGCGUUAUUUAUUUAUUUAUUUUUUAGAUGUAGGCAUUGGUGUAUUGUUUCUCACUGAUCCCUGAGACUCGGAGUCUGCAGCAUCAUUUACUUGACUUCUUUGAAAUUUUAGCAGCUUCCCAAAGGCAGAGGGAGUUAGUAAGGAGUAUGGACUGUGUGAGAAAUGUGUUUUACUGGUGGUUUUGUGCAGGCGUUUGUUGUCACCCUGUAUUCUUUCUCAAUGAAGAGUAAGGAAGGGCUUCCUCUUUGCUUUGGGAAAUUCUUCUUUCUGUCCUCCCUCCCUCACUUUCCCCCGAACUCCGGCACAGUAGCAGCUCUCUCUCUUCUGUGGCAGGCGUGCAUCCUAUUGGCUGGCUGGAGCUGGAGUCAGAUGGCAGCACUAUGGAGGAGUAUUCACAGGAGGACUGGGGAAACCACAGUCAGGAUCUCCAUGGCUACCCAACAGAGCAGGAAUUGGAUGAAAUACCUGUCACAAAGAGAACGUUAAAAAUAAAACAAGAGUCUUCUGAAGAAGCACAGAAGAGAGACAUCAUGCAGAAUAUUGUCCAGAUUUUGGAAUCAGUGCAGUUGAAAUGGGAACUGUUUCAGAGCUGGACAGACUUCUCAAGGCUUCAUCUUUCUAACAAACUGGCCAUUUUUGGGAUUGGUUACAACACCCGUUGGAAAGAGGAUAUCCGCUACCAUUACGCCGAGAUCAGCUCCCAGGUGCCACUCGGCAAACGGCUCCGCGAGUACUUCAACUCCGAGAAGCCCGAGGGGCGGAUCAUUAUGACCCGAGUGCAGAAGAUGAACUGGAAAAACGUUUACUACAAGUUUUUAGAGAUCACAAUUAGUGAAGCGAGGUGUCUGGAGCUGCACAUGGAAAUUGACUGGAUACCCAUUGCCCACUCCAAACCAACCGGUGGGAACGUUGUUCAGUAUUUAUUACCGGGAGGCAUUCCCAAAAGCCCGGGCCUCUAUGCCAUUGGCUAUGAAGAAUGUAUGGAAAGGCCCUCCUCACCCCACAUGGAGCAGAGUUCCCUGGACCCGGGAAAGGAGGGCAGGGUUGACUUGGAGACCCUUUCGGCACAAGCCUCGUUGCAGGUGGAAACAGAACCCACCCGAAUCGUCUACUGCUACCUCGGGAUCGCUGAGGUCAGGACUCUGCAGCAAUGCUUAUUUCUACAUUUCCAAGCCAAUACCAAAACCUUCAGCAAAGAUUGGGUUGGUAUUAAUGGGUUUCUGUCUCAGAACUGCAUUGUGGAUCCUGGCGUCUCCCCCAAAUCUAUCUACAUCAAGUUUGUGGAAGUAGAGAGGGAUUUUCUUUCCGCUGGCUCUUUAGUUGAGUGCCUGGAAAAAGCCAUCGGGUAUCCCUUAAAAUUUAACAACUGAAUGUCAUCCUUCAUAAGGAUUUGGGCUCUUACCUCUCUCCUCUCACUUCCCCUUGCCCGACUGCCCCGCCCAGAUGCUGCCGUCAGACUCUCCAUGGAAACGCGUUCCACCACUGGGCCAGCACACCUCCUAAGGAAUCACAGUGGACUCUGAGCAAACAAAACAGACCUCACCUGAACAUGCUCGUUUUGAGCAAAUGGGAUUUACAGCGAACUUGCAUGGUGGGUCAGCUGUUUCUUUUUUAAAAACAAAAAAUUUUAAAUGGAUGUUAGAGCCCUAAUAUAAACAAAUGUAGGUACAUUCCAUAUUGGACAAAACUUAUACUUUCAGUUUCAUAUGAAAUUGAAAAAUUGUAUUUUUUUCACAAUGUUUCAUUUUUACACAUCUCUAUGUCUCUAUAUAAGUAUUAUUUACAACCCUGAAUAAAUAAGCAAUAGAUAAUGGCAAGUUAAAUCUUGAGUCACAGUAAAUAAGACUGUUUUUCAAUAUCACCUUUAGCUACUAUUGUAUAUAAUUUAGAGUUUCAUUUUUUUCACCAGCCAAGUGUUUUGCUAUUCCCAAUCAGUGUUGCCUGCAACGUUUCUGUGAUGUACCCCCUUUACGGUUGUGUUGCCGUUUAAACAUUUUUUUAAAAAAUUAAAGUUAUUCCUGGCC